GAAAAAAAGAUAAAAAGAAAAUCACUCAAAAGUCAGCAGUUGUUCUUCCUCACUCUCAAGUCUCAACAUAGAGGAUCUAGUUUUACGAAGAGGCGAUACAAAUGGACGAAUCAAGGAAGGAAAACAUCCAAGAAGAAGCAAGAAGAGCGAAAAUGAUCGCUGUGGAGAAGUAUAAUGCGGGUGAUCUUGUUGGUGCAAAAGAAUUUGCAGUCAAGGCAAAAAACCUUGAUCCUAAACUUUUUGGUGUAUGCCGUCUCAAUGCAGUUCUUAAUGUGCAUAUGGCUUUUGAGAAGAAAAUCAAUGGUGCAGUGGAUUGGUACGGUAUUUUAUCGGCUGACCCAACCGAGGAUCUAGGAAAAAUCUAUAAACAUUACACCAAAACAGUUAUGGCCAUUAUCAGAGAUCGUGAUGACUCUAUUCGUUACGUUGAGGAAGCAUAUAAACUAAUGGCUGCCGCAUGUAGAAACUUGUUGAGAGAAAAGCUAAAGCAGAUUUAUGAGAGGAAAGAAGCUCAACCUUCAUCGAGAGUUCGGUUUAGAAAAGUUGAACCUCCAUCAAGAGCUGCUGGUCAUGUAACCCAGUUAAUGGGAAUGAAUAGACCAGAAAACAAACGAAAGGAACCUUUGUCAACAGAUAUGCCUCAUCUUCGGCAGUUAAGAAGAAUCAGCGAAAAAGCAGGGAUCAGACGUGAUCUCGCACUUACUCGAGCUGCCAAAACAAAAACAUAUCAAGACUCCAAGAAUUGCGAUAAAGCCAAAAGAGUAAAGAUUGCUGACAAAGAGGACCCUUAUGUGGUAGAUAUGAGUGUCCCAGAUCCAGAUUUCUAUCACUUUGACAAAGAUCGAAUGAAAAAUUCAUUUGGAGAUAACCAGAUGUGGUCUGUUUAUGAUGAUUAUGGAAUGCCUCGGUUUUAUGCACUGGUCCAUAAGGUUGUGUCUCGAGAGCCGUUCAAACUGUGUAUUUCUUGGAUUAACAGCAAGAAAAAUGACGAAUUGGGUCCAAUGAAAUGGAUUGAUUCAUAUUAUUACAAGACGAGUGGAAAUUUCUCAAUUGGAAGACGCGGCAACUACACCGCUCUCAACUCAUUCUCACAUAGAGUCGAGUGGCAAAAAGGCGCAAAAGGAUUGGUGCACAUAUAUCCAAAAAAAGGAAAUGUUUGGGCACUCUAUGAAAAUUGGUCACCAGCUUGGGACAUUUCAACUUCACUGGAAGUUAUGAACAAGUUUGAAAUGGUUGAAGUACAACAAGAUUUUGAUGACAAAGUAGGUGUGAUGGUUGCACCGCUAGUGAAACUCCCAGGAUUCCAUACUGUAUUUCGUCGCCAUUCAACUUGGAGGACAUAUCCAAGGAAUGAACUGUUCAGGUUCUCGCAUCAAGUGGCUUCUCAUUUACUUACAGGUGAAGAAGAUAAGAAUAUUCCAAAAGGUUGCUUGGAGCUUGAUCCCGCAGCUAUGCUACCGGAGCUUCUCAAAGUUUUCACCGAAGAGGAGAUGAGAGAAGUGGAAGAUGCAGUCAAUAAACCAAAAGGAGUUUACAAGGCAGUAUAAGUGGAGGAUUUGAUACCGUAGAUCCACUUUUUCAAGAAACCAAGUUUUCGUUUUUAGUUUUUAUCUUUUACCUUUUGGUAUUCGAUUCAAGAAACUUCGAUGAAGCCGAGUCCAAUAUUUUUAUAUUUUGUUUUGCUUUUGAAUGUUGUUGGACGCUUCUAGGAAUAAUGAUUGUAUCUUCAUGAUGGAUUUAUGAUUGGAAUGAGACGUUGAUUUUAUGCUUUAAA